AUGCGGUUUGCAGUCGCGCGUGUACAGCGUGGUGUGGCGAUGCGUGCGGGUGCCGGUGCGCCAGACCUCCUUCUUCCCUCCCUCUCGGUGACUCACUUUCCCGGGGUGACUCACCGAACCCUCGGUCCACCUGUCGCACCUUUCGGCACCCCCCAUAUGAUCCGCCCACCUUGUACAAUGCAACUCAGAAGCUAUCGUCUACAGCUUCACCAACCGGCCUCAGAACGCUCUACCCCGACGAUAAUCGAGGAACAGGAGGCAGAGGAUUUUGAAGAGGCCGAGUAUCGUCAGUUGCAACAAGAAGGAUACAAUUUCUCCCAGCACCUAGUGGGCAAUAGUGGCGUCAUGUCUACCACCGCCACCACACAGGAUCUGGACCAGCUGCUGGAGGAGCUUCGACGAACCAGUUUGGACUACUCCUCCACCUCCACCCGUUCGACCGCACCCCACCCUAAUGGUACUCACUCCUCCCGUCUCUACUCCGGCUAUCAGCGCCCCAAUUUCACCGAGUCUAGCGGUGGUAGCACCGCUGGAAGGUACUCGGCACGCUCCUACUCCUUCACUGGGAGUGGAGGCAGCCGUCCAGGUGGAAGAUGGACUAACACUUCCUCUUCCACCUCCUCGAGUUACCAAAGAUCGCAGGCCUACUCCACCGAGCGUGGAAUGGGUGAAAAGCGAGGAACAACGACAGGGGAGGGUGGUGGAUUUGUGCGCCAUGCGACACCCGCGCCACAACUCUCCUCGAGUCAACAGCAGCGCUACCAAACAACUUUCCGAACUACUCUGCAGCACAGACCACCGGUUUCGCCAAAGUGGUUUAAUCAGAUCAAUGUCACUAUUGAUCCGGAGUUUGGGACGGCCUCGUCCUCAAUGGUAUCAGACAAUCGCGGUUACUUGACACCGUCUGUGUCGCGUGCUCAACAGACAUCAACGACCGCACCAAUGAACGAUAGUUCAGAAAUGAUGAGUUAUCGCGAGCUUCAAUUGUUGGAGGAGCUCUCCAGCGCUCGUCAGGAGCUAGCAAUGCUAAAACGGGCCAGCAGUGUGAUCGAAGAACCUAUACAUAGACUUCCACCGCCCUCCACCCUCCCAACACAGCGUAGAGCCUUCCAACAACACCAUGAAAAUGUAGAGAUGUUCUCCAAUCGACAUCAGGCACAUUACCAGUCGCAUCACGAUAUUCAACAAGGGUCAAAUUUCUAUCGACCCUACGGACGCUACGAGAGCAUGAGUAAGAGAAUGCACACGUCGGUUGAGGUUUAUUCCAAGCUGCCUCCUCUAAAUUCGCGACAACGUGCUGCCACGACCAAGGGUCCGUUGAAACCGCGUUACUCAAAGGAUCAGCACCACGACCACAAGAAUGGUAUUUGCGAUUAUUGCUGGAAUUUAGACGUCCCACGCACGCCCACACUUCUGGAUGAAACGUCGGCAGGAUUGUCAGACAACCCCUUCACCGAAGAUGACGAGGAAAUUGAUGAUGGAGCAUUCAGCGAUUCAUCAUUGAGCAGUUGUUUAGACGAGGAAGACAUUCCAUAUAGCUAUGGUCCUGCCAGCCGCGAAGAUGGUUCUUUUGAAAAGCCUUACAAAAUGACAGAUAUGAGACGCACUUCAAUUCCAGUGGAGUACUCAGGAUUCGCUUUUGGAGCGCCUAAACGUGCAAUGAGUUCUGCAAACGUAACGACUAAUCAAUCUUGGAAUUAUCGGAAUGGAAUGAUGUCAGGUCCACAAAGUCCAGCACCGGGUUACUCAUCAAUUCGGUCUAUUGGAGGCAGUAUGCGAAGUGGUGGAAUGCUUUCUAACUCUCAAGGCUACUCGGCACGACGGGAGCGUCUGCGUCAGGAGGCUGAACAGGCUGAGGCACUGCGACAGAGCACUCAACGCAUCAAUCAUGUCUCUGCCGCAUCUUCCAAUGAUCUGCGCUCCACUUCUCUCCAUCAGCAACGUAGACAGCACUACCACUCAAUGUCAACCAUCCAGCCCGAGCGCACAGAAUUUGAAGAGAUCGAAACGGUGACACUGCAGCCCAUUGGUCGAGGUGUUCAAGACCUCAGUUCGAACAUGGGGUCCACCGCAACGUUGAACAGAAGCACUAGACGACCUGUUGCAUCAUCAAUGCUUGAAGGUCUCAACAGGACGGGUAAUUACACAGGCGCUCGUCAACAAAGGGUCAAUAUGGCGCCAUUUGCUCAUCAGACGUCUGCUAUGGAUAUUCCUCAGACGAUGUCCGCUAAACCACAACGUGCGGCCUCAAACUCCUUCCUUUCUUCUCUGCGGCGCCAUUCAGCUGGAACCGUGAGUGAAGCGAGUAGUUUCCAACAUCAUGUGGCCACUACUAAAUCCACCAACCUUGCCACACAACAAAUUCGUCACCAACAGCAGCAUCAACAGAACCAUUCACAACUGCUGCAAACGAGUCAACAGGGCUCGAAGUACGUCCCCGUGCUGCAACAGCAGCCACAACCACAGCCACAACAACAGUCAGUGUUGUUCCAGAGUCAACAGCAGCAAUGCCAGCAACGCACCAGGAACGAUGUUGGAUGGCCUAGCCAACAAAACAGCACCUCGAGCACAUUGACUCCAAGUGGACCUGCUGAUCUCGCUCUUGUAGAAGCCACGUCACCUGUCUGGUAUCGUCUCAAGAUUUCUCGACAGGAGGCCAUUUCGAUCCUCAAAAACCAACCUCCCGGCAGUUUCCUUGUUCGUGAUAGUACUACCUUCAAGGACGCCUAUGGAUUGGCUGUCAAGAGCACGAAACCGCCAAGCAAAACGGGACAAAAGUCAGACGACAUCAAUAACGACCUGGUUCGCCACUACCUCAUCGAAACGGUUACCACACCUAAUCGAGGGGUUCGAAUCAAGGGCUUCAGCGCGGAGCAGGUCUUCCCCAAUCUCCUGGCUCUCAUCCAAUAUCAUACACAGUACCCGGUCGCGCUACCUUGCUGCCUUGUACUGCCACCAAUUCCUCCCAGCCAGACCGGUGCCGUUAUCACUUCUAGUAACUCCACUUUCGUGCGAAAUGGCACAGGAAGUGGAAGCGGAACUGGGAACGGGGAUUCGGAUUCGGUGACUCUGGUGCAGAACAGUGGUAUCCGCAGUUUGGAUCAGACACCCGUGAGCUUUAAUGGAAACGCCGUAGUCACUGAGACGUUGGAGGCUCCGCCACCAGCGAGAAGUAUCACUUCACCGCUUUCUCCUACUGCAGGGAUGUUCCAUAGCGAAUUGCUCAGCCCUCCACCAAGUAUUUCCUGUAGAUGCCUCCACCUCGGUGCAGUGGAGGUGGAUGCAAGUCAAGAGCAGGCGAGCCUGAUGCAAGCAGUGGACACCCUGGUUCCGGGGUCCGUGCUCCAGGCCGCUACGUGUGAUCAGAUGGGCGCAGAAAGCCCUGUUCAGUACACCGAGUGUCAACUGCAGGCCGCGCACAAUGAGGGCAUACUCCUCACCGAUCUCUCGCGCAAACUCUUCUUUCAACGACACUUCCCUGCCAACAGCUUUAUCUACGCUGGCGUCGAUCCCCGCGACAAAGCUUUUAUUCAUCCAAACCACUCAGCUUUGGGUCUGGAUAAGCCAAAGCUUUUCGGCUUCAUUACAAAGAAGCUGGGUGGUGAAUACAUGAUCCAAGUCUUCUCUGAAUUCGACGCCAACUGUAGCGCAGCCGCAGUUACUGCACAAAUCAAUUCACUCCUCCUCAAUAAGUGA